AUGGCUCCAUCCUCAUCUCUUUCGUCCUUUCUCAUCACCAGUAUGCCUUUAAACGUGUUCGUUUUGAUGUGCCAGUAUAUACGCUUUAGCACAUUCAUCGACUUGUUUGAUGUCUUUUCUCAGAUUUCACCAAUUAUACCACAUGACUACCAGGAGUCCUGUUUGCCUUGCUGCACUCUGGUCUGGACAGCGCUUAAUUUUAAUCCUGACGAACCUAUUGAAGUUACUAUAACUUUGUGCUGGCGCGGGCCGAGGCCGCCCUCCAGACCCUGCGCCCCUUUACGACCAUCUUCAGGUAGCUCGGAUGACCCCUUGGAUCGAUUUUCCGAUUCACGUUCCAGUGCCGAUGCUGGAGGAUGUUUGUCUGAGCCCAACAUUGAACAAACUAGGACUAGAAAAUUUCCUUGGUCUCGAGCAUUAUCUGCUUUAGGCGGACGUACAGCAACCGUCAACCAUGAGACUUGUGUCAAUAAAGAUGCUGACGCCAGUAAAAUUGAUGGUGCUGAGGCUUCUGUUGAUUCCCCGCAACCUCCAUUGACUGGGCCUACCCCUUCGCCACAUCCUCUCUUUGCUUCUAAUAUCUCUUUGGAUAGGCUAUCUUCGGUUACUGACGCUAGAGACUUUUCUGAGGAAGCUUAUCCUGAACUUGUGUCAUCGACCAAACCGCAUAUCAAUGCCGAUUCACGUCUUUUUAAUAUGAAUAGUCCUGCUGGAAAAACUGUUCAAAAAUCUAAAAUUUCCUCGUCAGCGAUUUCAUCCUCAGGUCUCAGCCUCAGUGGUAGACUGGCAGAUUUUGACGAAAAAACAGCUUCAUUCUCGCUACCUGAGACCAAUGUAAUGGGCUGCACCUUUUCGACUCGACUAGACGGAAAUAUCUCUUGCCACUUUGCUGUUGCUGCUAAAGCCACGGAUCAGGUGCGUUAUCUAAAAUGA